GACAGCGGCCGCAACUGUUCUUGGAACACUUCCGAAAAGGCGGAGACUGCUGUUGAAUCAGGGGCGUCUGCGCAUUCGAAAAGUGAAGUUGAAUGAUCAUAGGAGCUCCCCUGGAGGCCUAUUAGCAGAAGGGAAGUUGUUGUCGGUUUUAUAGCGGGCAAGGAGUCAUGAUAUAGGUGUAGCGCUUCUGGCUGAGCUUUUGAAGGAGCCAUGUGCGGCAGCUCGGCGGCUUCUUCGUAUGGUCAGCUCUUGCUAUAGAAAUUCUGCACGCUUCUCCGUCAAGCGUCGCUGCAGAUUGAAAACGCCGCCGGCUGAUUGUCCGGUGCUCUCAAAGAGCCCGCUGACAUUGAUGCUGCUGCUGCCGAUGCCGCUGCUCAUCGUAGACCAUGGUCCAGUUCUCUGACAUUAUUGCUGAUAGAGACGAGCGGAUUCAUGAAUGCAAGCAGGGAGCUCCCUUGUUUGACCAGCACACGGUGAGCAGGCUUCUCGCAGAUAGGGAGGGGGCGGCCUUCUGGAAUGGCCUCCAGAUGCUAGCGCCAGAGCCGGCCGCGGUUGCAAGCGGGGAUGAGGGGCGGGCGACCCCUGUUUCAGAGAGGGAGGCGGGCGGCAAUUGUGGGGAGGAUGAGGACCUGAUAAGCGGUGUUGCGGAGGGGGAUGGGGCGGUGGCCUUGGCCGAGCGGGGUGCAAAUGCGGGGAGCGAGGAGAAUGGAAGCCCAGGCUCGUUCUUGCACACGGGUGUCCUUAAUCAAUUGCAGCAGGGACCAGGGUCUCCAGACCGGUUGUUGCACUUGGCCCCGUCCCCUACCAAGCCCAGCCCCAAGCCCACCCCCAUUGCAACCGUAAAGCUUCCAUACCGGUUUUACGUCAUCGAGUUUCCCCGGGGGAUCGAGGUGUCUGCCAACCAGGGCAGCGCGGACCAGAACGAGAGGCGGCAGGAAAAGUACGCGGAGCGGGUUGCCGAGAAGGGUGGGCACAUCCGGCAGGUGGUGGACAUUGAAAUGGUGUACCGCCGCACCGACAAGCAGCCCAAGCGCGACCAGAUGCUCAAGACCAAGAAGGGCGAGCUGCGCGACGAGUAUCUUUCACACCUGCCUGAGGCCGAGCAGCAGCGCCUGCGGAAGCUGGCGGAAGCGCCCGCACCUCCGCGGACGCCCCGCGAGGCCCCCGCAGUCUCCCCGCGGCGCGGGAAGCGCGCUAGCGGGGGGAGUCCGCAGGUCAGUGCGGGGGAGGGGGGCCUGGACAACUUUUCCCUGGGGCCGCCGUUGCAACCGGAGUUGGGGACCGGCAGGGACGUGCCUCAGCCGAAUGGGGUGCAAUCGCAGCGGACGGAGCCACCAAGGAUGAUCCCCCUGCCUGACCUGAACGGGGGCCCCGGGGACGAAGCACGAGCGGGGUCCGCAGGAGAGGAGCCGUGGGCGGGGUUUCCCCCCGUGCAGCACGCGCUGGAACUAGGCCGGGUCGCAGGGGCGGUCCCCCCCGACGUGGUUUCGCAGCAAAUAGCGGUCUCCCCCGGCCAGCCUUCUCUCCCCAGGGGGCCUUCUGCAGCAGCAUUGCCUGGGCUUACUGCGGGCGUGACAGUCAUCAGGCAGCAGCCAGAGACCAUUGAGGUGCGCCCUCAGGGGGGUGACGGCGUUCCUGCAGAAAUGCACGGCUCAGGAGGGGCUGAUGCUCCCCCGGUGCUGCCCCCCCGGGUGCCGGACGCACACCCUGGGAUGCUGCUUUCUGGCCCGAACGUGUACUACCAGAGCAAGAAGAAGCGGAGCAAGCCGCGGAAGCGGGAGGUGCAAGAUGGGGGCACGCUGUCGCGCACCGCUCCCAUGACUUAUCUCCUCAAGCUGAAGCGCUCUGUGACGGACCGCUCACAGUGGGAACUGCUCCCCCCCGAACCGGGGCCGCCUUCGCCGCCAGCACCCUCGGCUGAUAUGGCGGGGCCGAGCACGAGCGCCAAGUCGGAGAGCGCACCUCCACUUCUGCCUCAGGGGGGCAACCAGUGGGAGCCGCCGCAGGGCGUGAAGAAGGUCCGCACGAAAGGGAAGAAGAAGAAGCGGGGGCUGGACCCGGAGACUGGGCUGUUUGCGCAAAGCAGCAAGCGGAAGCGGACUCCGAGGGAUUACGUGGAGGGAGAGCCACGGCGGAAGGUUGGCCGGCCGCCAGGGAAGCGCAGCAUGAGCCCGGCAGAGGGGGGGGUCAAUGUCGGGGUGUUGGCGCUCGGGGCUGCGGAGGGGCCGGACGAGAGCUGGGACGGAUACGAGGAGGAGUACGAGGAUCUCGAAGGGCCGUGCAGUGCGGUGCUCCUCUUGAAAGAAGGCGGGGAGGGUCUGGGUGACGAUGUCAUCGUGGAGGAGCAAGAAGACGGGGCGGGGGGCUGGCGGCUGGCUGUGCUGAGGGGGGGGGAAGUAGUGAAGACGUAUCUGCCGGAGAGGUAUGGGCCUGAGGGGCGGAUUGUGCCAAUGACUGGCGCGGUGGUUUGGAGCGCGAGCGAGAAGCCUGAGGGGCCGCAUUGGUCGCUGGUGUUCAACGCGCGGAUCGAUUGGCACCGGUUCAAGGACUUGCAUGACCAGGUCCUGGUGAAGGUGCGCAAGGCGGCGCGGAGCAAGAAGAUCCCGAUCCCGGGGGUGGUCGAAGUGGAGAACUACGAGGCAAACUACCCCCCUGGGGCAGACGUGCGGGGAGAAGGGGCGUACAUCAAGCAUGCGGAGGACGAUGCGAGCCUGGCGCGAAAGUCGGCAACUGUUCUGUACGACGCGGACAGUGAGGAUGAGGAGUGGCUAGAAGAGGUAAACCGUGCGAGCGCUGCCAGUGGCUUUGUCGCUGCACCGGUGUCGGAGGAUUGGCUUGGGGGUGUGGGGGCAGAAGUUAGGCCUCCCAGCGUUGUUUUGGAGGGGGGCAGCGGGGAGACUGAUGAUCUAGUGGGGGGCGAUGCUGUGCUGGGCGAAAUGAUGGGUUGUCUUCUAUGGGAUACGGGCCAGGAGAGCGCGCCUGGAAACGAUGCGGAGGGUGCGGAUCGAACAGUGAGCUCGGAGGUCAUGCCAGGAGUAGGGACUGGAAAUCAGGUGGAAGGGGCAGGAGCGGAGCUGGGGGCUCUGGCGUCUAGCAUUGGGGGCUGUGACACAGCUCCCCCUGAGCGGGCAGAGCUUGCUGGUGUGUCUGGGCUGGUGUCAAGCGAGGCGCCGGCAGACACGGGGCACCUUGAGUCCCUCGAAAAGAUAGAAAGGAUGUCCGCUGAAGAGCAGACGGCGGGCGCUGAGGUGGCUGUCGGCGAGAGGUUGCUUGCUGACAAGAAGCCUGAUGCGUUGUCAGCAGAAGGCUUGAGCACAGAAGCAGCACCUUCAGCUCCGGUGCCACACAUCGACGCUCCCCCUCUUGCGAUUGCGCAAUCAGGAGGCCCUGUAGAAGGGCAGUUCGAUGUGGAGAUAGCACCAGCAGGGGAGCAGCAGCCGGUUGAGCAGGGCCUGAAUCCAAAAGGCCUUGUUGGAGGCGGGGCUGGUGGGCAGGAGGCAGCGGCAGAGGAGCGACCUCCGGCGGGACAGGGCCCCCAGGUCUCGAAGCUGGAAGGCCUUGUCGAUGGCGGGGCAGAUGGCAGAAGCACAGCCGCAGGGGGCCCUUUUCCGCCAGCUUCACAGGGCCUCUUGGUACCAAAGUCGGAAGGCCCUGUGGAAGGAGGGCCCGGUGCAGAGAAGGCAGCGGCGGAAGAGCGGUCGCCGGCAGAACGGGGCCUCGUGGAGGAGGACUGGGAGGCGCUGAGUCUGCAGCCGUGCAGCCAGGCGAUCGACGUUGACACUCUGGAGCGCAUCGUGGACAAGCUAGAAAAGGCGUCGGCUCUGGCGGGAGUUGUGGUGUCAAAGCAGGAGGGGUACCGGGCGUGCGAGGGGCUGGCGCCUGGGGACCUGGUGAGGACGGUGUAUGCGCAUUGGCGGGGCAGGAGGCAGAAGCUGGGGAAGGCGCUCAUCCGUUACUUCCAGCCCACCCCCUGGUCUCGCUACCAGCAGCUCGUGAAGGAGUGGCAGGAGAGCGAAGCUGCCCGCCGUGCAGCGUGCCAGCGCGAGGGCCGCCCGUUUGUAGCCACCAAGAAACCCCCCCUUGACGCGUUCUCGCUGCGGCCCACGUCGUACAGCAAGGAGCAGCGCCGCCUGCAGCGCAAGACGGGGAACAGCCCUGGGCGGCCCAGGACCAGCCUCAAACGCAGGUUUGGCAAGAAGGCCGUGCGCGGCAAGGCGUCCUCUGCCGCCUCGGCCAGCCGGUUGGGCCCCCUUUGGUCCCCCCAGUACCGCCCCCUGGGGUCGCUGCACACCCCCAGUCCGGGGCGCGAGUUCACACCAGUCAGCGGGGGCGAGUUUGGCGUGGGGGACGAGGGCGGCCAAGGGGAAGGCUACAUGGAAGAAGAAGGGCUCGGCUUCGACGACUACCUCGCCCACGAAGCGACCCGUAAGCGCAGCGCCCUCGGCCCCUUAGGGCCCUCAAAGCGCUCGCGCCUUGCCGACCCCUUCGCUUCCGAGGUGCCCAGCGAGGGCCUCUACCAAGCGCCGUGGAGUCCCGAGGCCCUGUCCGGGAGCAGUGCGGCCCGCAAAAUGGCCCGCAGCAUGCCAGGGGGAGUCGGAAUCAAGGCCAGGACGGCUGCGGCAAGGGCGGCAAAGGCGGCAAAGCAAGCGGCGCUGCGGGCGGCGCAGGGGAAGUUUCCCAGGCACUUCCCCACCGACGGGCGGCGACCCCGCAAGCGCAAGCGCAUCCAAACCUACAGCCCCAAGAAAGAAACGAUCGCGCAGAUCGCUGCUCGUGCGGUGGCCCAUGCGCGGGAGCUGCGCACGCACGCCCAGUUCAUGGCGGCCGUGGCUGACGCCGCCAUGAUCCGCGCCGCUCACGCGCUGGCGGAGUGCCAAGAGCUGUACGAAAAGGAGCUUGCCGCUCGGGCAGCACCUACGACGGAACCGCCGCCGCCCCCGGCAGAGCCGUCCGUGGAGCAGAAAAGCCUACCUCAGGCGAAGGGGAGGGGCCGGGGGGGGUCGGCGAAGGGGGCGCGAGGCCGGCCGAAGUCGGGGCAAGCUUCGGGGGGUGCGCCGGCAGAAACGGCAGCCCUGGGGGGGCCCGUUGAGGGGGCGGAGGAGGGGGGGGGAGAGUCGGGACGCCCUAAAGGGCUUCACGUGGACGUGGGAAGCGGGGACGAGAUGGAGGAGGAUGAGCUGGAUCGAGAACUGGUCGUUCUUACGACCCCGGCGGAUAUUCGGAGCGCGGAGGAGUUGGCGGGGAUUCCGGAAGCGGACGGCAUCCCGGAUGCUCUCUUGGGGGGGGCGGAGAAGGCCGCAAACGAAGGGGCGGAAGCGCAUGCGGCAUACAGUCUGGAGGCCGCCGAUCCGCUGCUGUCAAUCGACUUGCCGGCGUUGCUGGAAAGGGAACGGCAGCUAUGGAAGGAAAAGCGGGUGUGGGGUCAGGAUAUUGGGCAGCAGGGACUCGACAUCUGGCCCAUGGAAGAGCUCGAAGCGGCGAGUAGGUUAAACAUGGAGGGGGGAGGAAGCCGGGAUGGUGCUGGCGCGAGGGCGCGCCGGAAGGGGACUGGGGCGUGCAGUGUAAGCGCCCUGUCGUUGGAUGACGACGAGGAUGACGUCGACUUUGACCCGGUGCAUGGGCCGUUCUUCGAGGGGUACAAAGUCUCGCGGCCGCGCCCCCGGGACCUGCGAGUCGAUGUCGAGGGGCUGGAUAGUUACCGGAUGGGGGAGGGGCCACAGACGUUGGCGAGCGUGAGCAACAUUGCCGGUAGCGGGUUGAUGACGUCGCCGAAGGGGCGGCCGGGGCGGAAGAAAGGGCGGGCGACGCCGCGGCAGUAGGUGGUGCAUAUUCCGUGUAAAUUGGAGCGGGGCCCAAUUUUGUCUUUGUAAUGUCUUGAGGGUGGUCGAGACUGCCGUCAAAGUACCUGCUUCCGGUUAGGUUUGGUACUUCUUUGAACUCCGAAGUUACAUCCUAUGCAAUUGAAACGCCCGUCUAUGAGUACGGUUCGCGAGUUGUUGCUGCGGAUUCUUGCCUUUUGUACUAACAUUGCAGUCGCUCGGUGAGGAUAUCUGUGUCAUCUUGAAGAUUUCAUGUGUAGGUUCGAGCUCGAACUUGAAGAGCCGAGCAAAACUGCGGCUGGGCAUGCAGUGCAAUCGUGCUUGGACCCUUAAAUGACCUGAGUCCUGGCAUAAGCCAUUCAGCUGAAC